AGUACUAUCGAAGAUGACCGUCGAUAACGAUAACCCGUUUGGACGAAAACAAUUCGCAGCGCAUGGAAAUUCAAUAGAAAAUACAAUGGACGAUUUUGUAAAAAACCUCAUUGAGGAGGUGAAAUCGCAGGGCGUUUUCGACGAAUUUCGUUUCAACUGCUGCCUGGCCGAUGUGGACACCAAGCCCGCAUAUCAGAAUGUUCGCAAUCGGGUGGAGACGGCAGUCCAAGACUUUCUGGCCAAACAACGCUGGACGCCAGACACAAACAAGGUCCAAUUGCGCGAAAGGCUGCGCAAGCAUUUGCUUGACUCCGAUGUCCUGGAAAAGGGAGUGGAUCAAAUCGUGGACCAAGUGGUGAAUCCGAAGGUUGCCACCAUAUUUGAGCCAAAGAUCGAAAGCAUUGCUUACAAGUAUCUAGGCAUCACACCGCCGCCGCCACCUACCAUUGCGCCGCCACCAAGGCCGACGCUGCUGCCAGCGCCGCCGUUGCCGCCAUAUGCUGGCCACAUGAACGGCAGCAGCCUGCUAAAUGUGGAGACCUCUGCCGGUCUACUGCCAACCGAUCUGGAGCAAAUCAGCCCCGACUCUGACCGCGGCACAGUGCAGUCCGAUGGCAAGGACGACAGCAAAGAGGAUGAUCUGCCGCCGGGUGUGGAUGAUAGGAACUUCGAUGAUGACACUUCGCCGUCAUUUGAGCCGUUGAGCGAGGACAAGCCAGCAAAUAAGGACGAUCUGAACAAUGGGUCCCUGAACACCUUGGACUCGGUGAAUGGUGCAUCGCAGGCCUCGCAACUAUCGCAGGUAUCCAGUGAUAGUCGCCUCACCAUUGCCUCUUACACAGAGUCGGUUGUGGAUGGGCGGCAGCCAACGCCCACCAGCAACAGCGUCGAAUUAACGCCCAACAUGGCCGCUAACAUAUCAGAGGAGGCGCAGAUGCCAAAGUUUAGCGAGAAUUCCAACGAUGCAAGUGGCGGGAACCAUUGCAGUCGACCCUUGCACUUUGACAUCAAGCAGGAUGCCAUCACAUUCGAGGGUACCGAACGCAGGAACUCCGUGUCGGAGAACACGAACGGUGGGUCCCAGGCUUUAUCCAUUGAGGACGCAAUUAUGUCCGAGGUAAAAGCCAAUAUUGAGGAUGCCAGCAAUGCCUCCAUCGAACCUGUACCUGCACAUGAGUUGGAACCUGUGGAACAGCCAUCUCCACCAAAAAUUGAGGCUUUUUCAAUGCCCCAACCACCUCAGACGCCACCGCCACCACCACCACCUCAAGCGCCACCGCCGGCUCCUGAGACGCCACCGCCGGCACCUAAGACACCACCACCACCUCAGGCGCCACCACCGGCUCCUGAGGCGCCACCACCGGCACCUAAGACACCACCACCAGCUCCUGAGGCGGCGCCAACGGCUCCUGAGUCGCCUCCACCUGAAUCUGAGGCACCACCAACUAAGCCUAAGACGACUGAACUAACAGCGGCACCUGAGAUUAGCAUCGGAUCGUUCUCAGAAGCUAUUGCACAAGAUUCCAGUCUCAAGAUAAAUAAAAUCCCAGAGGCCGAGUCAAAUGGAUCGGAAAUCGUGAGACAAGAAUCGCCUCUGCUGCCCGCCCCGGCCACAGAUAAAGUGGAAGAAGUUAAAGAAGAUGUGGCCGUAAAGCUGCCGCCACCAAAUGAAACUCCCAAAGAAGACGCCACAAAGACGCUGACUUUCGCAUCAUCCCAGUCGAAGAGCAACUCAAAAGAUAAGGACAAGGAGAGGGAUAGACGGCACCAUACGAGCAGUUCGGAUGAUAAACAGCGACGCAAAAGCCGGGAGCCAAAGGACCGUGAUGCCGAUCGCAAUCGCCAUAAAUCGCAAUCGCAAAGUAAACAUUCCUCUAGCUCCAGCUCGAAGCACUCAUCCUCGCACUCCAGCUCGAAGCACAAGAACAGCAGCUCCAGCAGCGCCCAGAAGGACAAGAGCUCUUCCUCAACCUCGUCGAGUAGGACUCAUCGCGAAUCAUCGUCUUCGAAGCGUUCAGCCUCUACAUCCUCGUCACGGCACGAAACCUCGUCCUCAAACAAGAAACACAAGUCCAGCUCAUCCUCGUCACGCUCUGACCGGGACAAAGAAAGGAGCAAAGACGGCCAAAGCCAGAGCCAUCGUAGCCAUCAAAGCAGCAGCAGCAGCGGCUCCUCAUCCAAGAAGAAAGAACACGAGCGUAGUCGUGACCGUGACCGGAAUAAAUCCACAUCUUCCACAAACUCUACGAGUGCAGCGACGCCAAUCGUUCAGGAUGAUCACAACGAAAUCAAGGCAAAGCUGCAAAAGCGCCGGAGCUCAGACUCUAACGAUGAGGGCAAGCCGCCGCCCAGCUCUGGCGGGGCAUCACACAUUGCCCCCCUGACGGAUCCCAGUACGGCUAACGAAAAAACCGAUGCCCCUGUCCAGUAUGGCGACAACUCGAAUGGCAAUACAAAUGGCGGUAGCAAUGGUGCCACCGAUAGCGCUGUCAUUUUGAGCAUGGGCAGCAGUGUAAUCAAUGUCAGUGAUAUUCUACAGCAAUCCACCACCAGCUUCAUUGAAUUGUGUGCCGCUGGUUCUGGUUCUCAGUCAAAGAAGGACGCGGAUCAAGUCGAAAAAGAACCGGAGGAUAAGGCACUUUCUGAGGCAAUGGAAACAGAGUCAACGCCAGCAGAAUCUGCCAAAGAAGAUGAACAGAAGAAGCUGAAUGAAGAGUUGGUAAAAGUUGAAUCUGUACAAGAAGCCCCUGUCCCCGUCCCUGUCACUGAGAAAGUGUGCAAAGAGGCUGAUGAGAUUUCUAUUGAUUUAAAGCAAAUGGAGAAGUCGCCUACAGACUCGGAGGAUUCCCAAAUAGCUGAUAAAGUAUCAGAGGAGGCAGCGACUGAAGAAGCCAACAGCUUGGAGACGCCCGACUCUUUAGCUGAAAAGCAGCAGAUUUCAGCAGAGUCUAGCGAAACCCCAACUGAAACCGAAACGGGGGAUGUUACAUGCUUUGAGCAUAACACCGACGAGUUCAAGGCACGCCUGGAGCUCAUCAAUGUACUGAUUGCAGAUCGGGAUGCUCUGUUGAACAAGUUGAGUGAUGAGAUUCCCAAGCAUGUGAUAGAUGUACGCGCCUUACGGCGAACCAAAUCAAAGCGUAGGUUGGACGGCGGCGCGGCUGGACACCGAGAUGGCGACUCUGAGAGCGAAAGCCAGAAAAAGAUGCGCGAGACGACACCGCCACAGCUCAUAGAUCCGAGUAGCAGCAGCUCUUCAGGCAGUCCCGUAAAAAGGUUGCGUCGCAAUGAACCGAAGGCCUCACCCACGCCCUCCGACGGCAGCAUCAACUCCAAGGAGAACGAAGCGAUAGAGAAGCAGGAGCCUGACGGAGGAGUGUCUGCCAAGCGACUCAGCCAGAAGCUCUGCCAGCAGCAGCGAUACACAAACGAUGAUCUCUACAAGCCCCGUCCAGUUCUGUCGCAGCGUUCGCGUCGACGUGGCUUGGAUUCAAUCCUCUAGCUAAGAAAAACAAAUCAAAAAAUAUGAAAAACAAAAUAAACGAGCGGAAACGUUGUGAGCCGCGGCAAGGCUCGCGGCUCUACCUUUAUAACCGAUACUCAGUAAUCCUACGUAGGCGCCGCCGGAAUUGAUAUCCUGCCGCAUGUUUUCUCUCUCUCUGUCUGUCUGUAUUUUGUUAUCGCUGUUCACAAAAGGGACAGAGAUUGAUAAGUGGGCAAUUUUCAACUUUCCAAUUGUAUUUGUUUUUUUUUUGAAUCGAUUUCUGUUUUCAGUAGAAUUUGUGGUAACAAUAAAAUUUUAAUUUUAGGUAUCCUACACUUUACAGUUUAAGAAUAAUUGUUGGUGUAGUACAUUUAAAUACACACAGUGCCGUACUUAAGUGUGGGCACAGCAAAAACUUGUCAGGCUAUCGCUUUUUUAAGAGCUUUUCCAUCUCGAUUUUUAAAAGGCAUAUAAUUUUAUCCGAAAAUCAAUCAAUUUUCUAUGAUUUUAUUACAUUAGUUUGUACAAUUAAAAAAAAAAAGGCUAAAAGUAUUGGCACACUAGGUUAGAUUAGGUAGAGGCGGCUGUCACUAGGAAUCCGACACGCCCAGGCUCAUUUUGGUUAACUGGGAUCUUCUUCCCUUUUCUAUUAAGCUACGGAAAAAAUCGUUGUAAGGAGCACGCAGCCUGCUUGCAUGUACCUUUUGAUGAAGUCCCUGUGAGGGAGCGUAUGACAGCGCUGAACCUUAUUUUCGGCAGAGUUGUGCGACAUCGCGGCACUAUUUUCAAAUUGUCGCUUUCUUAGGUUACAAAAUUGUGCAAAAUAAUGCAAAAACAAAGGCGCUUCUAAAAAUUUGACAAUCUUAUAGAAAAUUGAUUCAUUUAUCGGAUAUAAUUAAUUAUCUUUUGAAUAUCGCGAUGGAUAAGCUCUUAGAAAAGCAGUAAACUAAAAAGUUGUUGCUGUGCCAGCAAUUAAGUCCGGCACGGCACUGGAUAUAGUAAUGCAUAUAUAUA